AUGACCAAUAAUAAGAUGCAGGAUCAGGUACGCCUUGCCACAGCUGAUGACCAUACGAUAGUAAGAACAGGAUUGCAAGUAGUGCUUGAACUAAAAUUCGGUAUCGGCAAUAUUUAUGAAGCCGCAUCCUGCGCGGAGACGUUAAGCAUACUCAAAAAACACCAGCCGACACAUCUCAUCGUUGACAUGAUGUUUAAAGAUGGGAAUGUGAUUGAAAUUUUACCAACGAUUAAGAGUCUGGCACCAGACCUAAAAAUAAUGGUGUACAGCAUGCUGCCAACGGAAAUAUACCUACCAACACUACAGCGGUUCGGUAUCAACCAUUAUAUGCCCAAAGACUCCACACAGGAAGAAAUUAUUACCCAACUUGGAGCAUUUAUCAGAGGAUACGGAAUUUAUGGAACUCAGGAAGUGAUUGAACAAAUAGUGAUCAAUCCCUUCGCAAGUUUAUCGCCACGCGAAUUUGAAGUAUUACAUUAUCUGCUCAGCGGUGAAACAUUGGGCUUUGCUGCCGCGGCACUCAACCUUCACAAGAACACAGUGUUUACCUUGAAGUCCCGCAUCAUGGAAAAGACGGGCGUGAAGAAUCUUAAGGGGCUGAUAGACAUGGCAAUACUUCAUAAUUACAAGUUUAACUGA